AUGGUCAUCGCUGACUGGGGAAAUCAUCGUAUCAUCCAGUGGAAGAUGGGUGAUACGAAUGGGCAAAUAUUAGCUGGUGGCCAUGGUCAAGGAUGUCAAUUGGAUCAAUUGGAUGGUCCAAGCGAUGUGUUGAUUGACGAAGAGACUGAUAGUCUCAUUAUUUGUGAUCGAGGUAAUCGACGAGUUCUAUUAUGGUCUCGUCGUAGCGGUACAACCCAAGGAGUAAUUCUUCUCGACAAUAUUCGUUGUCGGGGAUUAGCCAUGGACGACCAGAGAUAUCUCUACAUCUCUGACGAGGAGAAACAUGAAGUAAGACGAUACAAAAUAGGAGACAAGAAUGGAACUAUCGUGGCUGGUGGCAAUGGACACGGGGAUGGUCUCAAUCAACUCAACUCCCCAACCUAUCUCUUUGUUGAUCGACAACAGGCUGUUUACGUGUCGGACUAUCGAAAUCAUCGUGUGAUGAAAUGGAACAAAGGUGCAACAGAAGGAAUUAUCGUUGCUGGUGGUCGAGGCUCUGGAAAGGCCCUAACCCACUUGUGGUGUCCUGAUGGAAUACUCGUCGAUACGUUGGGUACCGUCUAUGUUGCUGACUCAGGAAAUUAUCGAGUGAUACGUUGGCCUGAAGGAGCGAAACAAGGUACUGUCAUUGCAGGUGAAAACAGUGAAGGAGAACAAGCAAAUCAGUUGAGCCGUCCUGAUGGUUUAUCCUUCGAUCAAUGUGGCCAUCUCUAUGUUGUCGAUUAUUGGAAUAAUCGAGUUCAACGAUUUUCUAUUGAAUAG